ACAGCACAGCCACCAUGAAGUUUGUAAUCCUCGCCGCUCUGGCCGCCGUGGCCGCCGCCGUCCCCCAGGGCUACGGCGCCCCCCCACCUCGCUACGGCUCCAGCGAGGAGAUCGCCAUCUUGAGGGACGACCGCGUGAUCGAGGACGACGGAAGGUACAACUUCGACAUGGAGACUGCCAACGGCAUCGAGGUGUCAGAGCACGGCACUCCCGGAGAGAAGGGAGCCAUCAACAGCGCCGGAUCCUUCUCCUACACCGCCCCCGACGGCACCCCCAUCAGCCUGCAGUUCGUGGCCGACGCCAACGGCUUCCAGCCUCAGGGCGCUCACCUGCCCGUGGCUCCUGAGUUCCCCCACCCAAUCCCUCAGUUCGUCCUCGACCAGAUCGCCUUCGCCGCCCAGGAGGACGCCCGCAGGCCCAGUGAGCCCUCCAGCAGAUACGGCGCCCCUUAAUAAGCUUGAUGCUGAACCACUCUAUCGAAUGUUGCAAGUCGUCUGAUGUUACCGAAAACCAAAACAGUCUGCGUUUUGUUUGAUUGUUUAUUUAUAUUUAUAAGUAUAUGAAUAAAUAAAACGAAUCUU